AUGGCUGAAUCGCAGCAAGUUCAUCAUCGCAACGAUUCUAUCGAAUCGAAUGCGACUAUCAAAAGCAUCCAGUCGGCGGGAUCUGUUUCUUCCACUCUCUCGACGGCCUCGACGGCCAGCGUGUCUCUUGGCGUCUACGAGGAGCUCAAACCCGACAUCGAACGCCUUCAACGCACCGUUACAGAGAAGGGUCUUGAGAGAUAUCUUCCCAAAGCUGAACUUCUCGUCUCCUCCCUCUCGUCUAGCGACUUUAACGAGACCGAUUUCUGCGGGUCAAAACUGAAACUCGAUGGAGUCCUCAAAGGGAUUGAGCAUGCUGUGGGCGUCGAUGGCAAGAAAUACGUUCUCGCUGCUAUUCUUUCCUGUGAAUCGCAGGCACAAGGACUGACCGACGACGAGAAACGUCUCGAUUCAAUGAAGCGGCUGAAGGCGGUGGCAGAGACGUGGACGUUCUAUGUGCUGUUUAUUUUCAAAGCCGGUCCCGGUAGCCACAGAAAGCAGCCAUAUCGUACACCAUCCGUCGUUGUGACGCCGACGCUUGAUACAACCGCGGCGUCGCUCCAGAAAGGAUUGAAGCCGUCGAGGACGAUGUCUCGAGACGAUGUUCUGAGGCGAGACGGGUAUCAAUGUGUGAUAACAGGUUGGUUGGACAAGGAACACCUGCACGACCGUGACCUCCCAGCAGCUCCCGUGGAGGCUUCACACAUACUCCGUCGAGCUGUUGCCACCUUCAAGGAUGGCACUGAUGCUUCUCGUGCAGCCGCUCUGACGUUCGAUAUUCUUCGGCACUUCACUGGACUCGGAGAGAAGGUCAUCCAAAAUCUCGAAGACCACGCCGACCAUGUCGCCAAUGGCUUAACACUCAAUCUUAUCGCACAUGCUGAGUGGGACGCGUACGCGUUCUGCUUGAAGGCCACCGACGUCGAACAUGAAUACAAGAUUCAUUAUUUCUCCGAUGUAACGAAAAAGACCAUAAGGACUAUGAGAGGCAACGUGCAGAUUGCGCCAGAUGAGCCCGUGCGGUUCAAAGAUCGCAGCGACGAGUUCCAACAGAAAAAGCGCAAGAAGCUCAACGACGAGGAUGGCGCUCAACCCUCAAGUUCUACGAGGUCUGGUUCCGGGCCACAAGGGUCGGCUACAGAAAGUGAUUCGCGGUUCAAGUGCGAAGCAUGGGCGUAG